CGGUACCAGCAGCAGCAGCAGUAGUACACUACCUCACUCUCCUUCUAUAUAUGUCCCUCCUUCUGCACCCCCUGCCUUAGCCUUUGGAGCAACCACUUCACAAGGGGGGCGGAGACGUGCAGAUUAAUUCUUAGCAGGUCACAGCUGGGGUUUGGUUCCUGGAAUCCUGGUUGGAUCGAUCGUUGCGGUUGGGGAGAUGGGUCGCGGGAAAAUCGAGAUCAAGCGGAUCGAGAACGCCACGAACCGGCAGGUGACCUUCUCCAAGCGCCGGGGCGGGCUGCUCAAGAAGGCCAACGAGCUGGCCGUGCUCUGCGACGCGCGCGUCGGCGUCGUCAUCUUCUCCAGCACCGGCAGGAUGUUCGAGUACUCCAGCCCCGCCUCCAGCUUGAGGGAUCUCAUUGAGCAGUACCAGAACACCACCAACAGUCAGUUCGAAGAGAUUAACCACGAUCAGCAAAUAUUUGUGGAGAUGACACGGAUGAGGAACGAGAUGGAGAAGCUGGAGGAUGGCAUACGCAGGUACACCGGCGACGACCUCUCCUCCCUCUCCCUCGUCGACGUCAACGACAUCGAGCAGCAGCUCGAGUUCUCCGUCGCCAAAGUCCGUGCAAGGAAGCAUCAGCUCCUGAACCAGCAGCUCGACAAUUUACGUCGCAAGGAGCAUAUCUUGGAAGAUCAGAACAGUUUCCUGUGCCGCAUGAUCAGCGAGAACCAGCAUGGCGGUGAUGGAAAGAUGGCGGUGAUGCCGCCGGUGCUGUCGAUGCUGACGCCGGCCUUCCCGGCGACGCCGUACUACACGGGCGAGGAGUCGUCGAGCACCGCGCUGCAGCUGACGUCCCCGCAGCUUCAGCUCCACGCCGCCGAAGCCGCCGGGUUCCGGCUGCAGCCGACGCAGCCCAACCUGCAGGACCCGGCGUGCAGCAGCCUCCACGCCGGCCACGGCCUCCACCUCUGAGAUUUGAUCAUCUGAUCAUCACGGGCGCGGUGAUGGACAUGCUGAUUCAUGGAUUCUAGGAAGAAGAAGAUCACGGUCGAUGGAAGAUUGACCCUUAUGAUGCAUGCAUGAGGAUGACUAUUUAAUUUGGGAGCUAUAUGUAUGUAUGCAAGAUAAGAUUCCAGUUGUGUGUCGUCGUGUGUGUUAGAGGCUGUUCUUUCAUCAUGUUCGUACUUAAGCUAGCUAUAUACUCCAUAGUACUAGUUCAAUUGCCUGGUCAAAUGUUGGUACGUACGUAGAAAUUAAGUUGUUGUGCACGCAUGGGGAUCGAGGACGAUGCAUACAUGUAAUAAUAAGUUCAGAGUGAAUUCCACUUUUUACCUCCCAUUGGUAAACUGUUUAA